AUGACGAUUGACUUACUAAAAGCAGCAACCAGGACUGACAUUUUCUUUUCUCAUGUAAAUAUUUUUAUUCUCCUAGGGGUCGCUGGCAGCAAAGAAGUUCAUGUUUUUAACCUGACCUCCCUCACAAAGUCUGAAAACAUCUUGUCAGCUCUGUUGCAUUACUAUGUUGGCGAUCUCCAAAACAGUAGUGUGAAUUGUCCCCGACUCAGGGGUUGUUCUCAACACGGACCCAGGAAAUCUGAUGUGCAGAUUAGCCUCCUGUUGUUGAGUUUUCCUACAUCAGGAAACCAAACUAGGACCUUGGGCCAUUACUUAGUCAACAUUUCCACGGUUUAUCGGAAUAUCCUUUCCUGGCAAUGGAAGAACAUCACUCACGCCUUGAGUAAGGCCAAGCAAAACAAUGAGCUGCUAAUUGGAGUCAAAAUAGCUUCUGUUGGCCAACACCCCUGGAAGAGCGUGCAUGCUAAUUAUGAACCGUACAUUCUUGUUUAUGCCAAUGACUCUGCCAUUUCGGAAUCGGAGAGCGUUGUUUCCAGCUUGCAAGGACGCUGGAAUCCCCCACCCAGGAGUUUUCCAAAAGUAGGCACCCAUUCACAAAACGGCUUCAGUGAACGGCGGCAAAAACGCUCCACCAGCAUCCUGUUGCCUUUACAGAACAAUGAGCUGCCAGGUGCGGAGUACCAAUACAGUGAGGAUGAAGGAUGGGAGGACAGGAAGCACUACAAAACACUGCAGCCACGCCUGGCAGAGAGGACCAAGAACAAGAAAAAGCAGAGGAAAAACAACCAUCAGAAAAGCCAGACACUCCAGUUCGAUGAACAGACUCUUAAAAAGGCAAGGAGGAAGCAGUGGAAUGAGCCACGCUAUUGUGCACGGCGCUACCUUAAAGUGGAUUUUGCAGAUAUUGGAUGGAGUGAAUGGAUUAUUUCCCCUAAAUCUUUUGAUGCCUAUUACUGCUCUGGAGAAUGCCAGUUCCCUAUUCCAAAGGCCCUGAAACCAUCCAACCAUGCCACCAUCCAGAGCAUCGUGAGAGCUGUGGGCGUGGUCUCUGGAAUCCCGGAGCCUUGCUGUGUGCCAGACAAAAUGACAUCGCUCAGCAUCUUGUUCUUUGACGAAAACAAGAACGUGGUCCUCAAGGUCUACCCAAACAUGACAGUGGAAUCCUGCGCCUGUAGAUAACACUGCCCCCCUCUUAAGGAGCCUUAUCCAAACCUCCCCCUUCCUGCACUGACCUCUAUGCUUAACACUUCCUUCCCUGCCCUGUUUUGCACUGCCGAUGCAUUUCAUUCUCCAGAGAUUUAUGAAUAAGUCUGAAUGAGCAGGAGCUGAGAAGGAACACAACACAGAUUUCUAGAACACAGAAGGAACUGGCUGUAAUUUUUCUCCUGAGAGGAUAGGAUAAAGAAUGAUAAAGCUCUCUGGACCGGUAACAAGUUCUUUGUGGCAAGCUACAUAUAGGGGGAAUAACAAUGAAAUCUGGGAAUAACUUGUCAAGGUAUUUUGAAAACAGGCAAGAAAAGUCUAUAGGGUCUGAAAAAAGUUCACCGAAACUACUACCGUUUUUCAAGUCCAUUCUUCUAGAAACCAAUGGCGAAGGAGAUUUUAAACAUACACUGUGUAUUUUAAGUUAAGUUUUCUUUCUGCUUAAGGUUGCUGGAGAACUCCCCAAAGUACUAAAUAACCUGAUACGUUCUGACAUUUUAAAAGCCUUUUAAAAAAAAACAAAUCCAUAUUUAAGAUGCUUGUUUUCUUGGCAUGACAUGUCAGUAUAGUUCGGUACUAUACAUAUAUGCAUAAGCAAGGGCUUUUCCCCAUAAAAUAAUGGAAACCUCUCUCUUUUUUUGUUGUUGAAUGGGACACAUAGACAGAGCAUAUGUUCUGUGUACAUGUCACCUACAUAAAAAAGGACUUUUCCAUAAAGUAACAGUAGCUUUUAACUUGCAAGUAAUAAUAUACUGCCUUUUGCAUAUCUACUAAGACUCAAACCAUGUUACACAAAUCCUGACAAUAAAUCUCAGAAUUCUUACCACCUGCCCCAAUAGAGAUUGCUAUAAAAAUUUGGAAACCUAGAGGAAUGGAGAGCAAAUUCUGGUCGCUAGGGCGUAUGCUAGAGCCAAGCACUGUAGUAAUCCUUUUUUCAAUGAGUGGUUGUUUGUACAGCAGGACACAACUUAACUCUGUGAUCCUAUAUGUGUCUGCUUAGAAGUCACUCCCACUCAUUUUAGUAGGGCUUACUUACAGAUAAUUGAAUAUAGAAUUUCAGCUUUCGCUGCCUAUCCCUGUGGUGGUCUUUUAACUAGUGAAAUCACUGAUAAGGAAGAGAGUGCCUGAAAUCCUGUUGCACAGUUAAGCAGAAGGCAUCACUUUCUGAGACAGGUUUCUGCAACUUAAGAAAUCUCUGUAGACACAACCUGUUGCAUGUGAAGGCUUGCAACUUGGUUCACAACAGAUGUCUGCCAAGUUUUCGUAACUUACGGCAAUUCGAUUCAAAAGUUUACACUAUUUGUAUAACUUCAAGACAGGAUUCCAGCCACAGGAUCAUUGGUUAUAGGACUUUUUCCCCAGAUGAAAAUCUUGCCCAAUUUGAAUAUUAUAGCUAAGCAGUUGGAAUGACUUGGCUAGAUGGUCAGAGGCUGAGGGUCAUGUGGUCUUGCACUGGAUGACAAUUUCCAGUUGGAAAUGGAGAGGGCAGCUCCACCGGUCAGAGGGGGUUGAUGCUGAAUGCACUGCGUCCGCAUGUGUUGGAGCAACUAGAAAGCAGGAGGGUUUUGACCACAGUAGCUGGACAAACCAGGGUUUGUAACGGGCUGUGACUUAUAAUUGCUGUGCAUCUCACGGAAGAUGCUAAGUGCCUUCCACUCUCUGCCAAAAUGAUUUCAGCAGCUUUCUUACAUUCAAGCAAAGAAUGGGUUUUACAGCUAUAGUUUCCAGCUCACUAGAGAUUCACUGCAGCUUCAGAGGAUUAGAUCCUCUCGUAUUAAGGAGCUGAUGCAUUCAUUAUUAAGCUGUCUCCUCCUCUAUGUAAAAAUAAUAGUAAUGAUAAUUAAAAUAAGACUUUGUAUAUGUUUUGCUUGGGAUUUAAUGCUUGUACAGUCGGCAUCAGUAAAGUUUUUUAAAAAGCCAAAGGAUAUUUGUAUAUGGAAAGAAGCUUUUAUUAUUAAUGCCUUUAAUUUAUUUUAUUUCUGUUGCCUUCCUGUGUGUUAAUUAAUUUUGACUUUUUUUGUAUUCUUAAAUACACAUUACCUUAAUUCUACAAUUAUAUAUGCCUUCAGAACCAAAUGUGCAUGUUGUAAACACACUGGGAAGGAUCCUUUUCACUACUGAUGUAUAAGCUUGUCUGACUUGUAUUUGCUUCUCUUCUUCAGUAACAAGAAUUUUUCAUGGAAAAGUACUAUGUACAAAUAUAUGUUUAAAUAAUU